CCCAUAAGACUUGCGCGAAGGCCGAUGCCACGAGCUGGACUGGACUUAAUCGGGGGCGACAGUGGGCACAGCGGCGCCCGCACGUCCUCAUCCGGCAGCGUGCGUAUGCACACUCCACGCUUUUCGGGAACACCGUGUAUACACGCCAGAAAAUCCCAGAAAUUUCGGUACGAGUCCUGACGUAUAGGUUUUGCCUAGUUAAUUAGCUUUGCUGUUAGAAAGAGUCCUAGUUAAUUAUAGAGGAAAGGUCGCGUAUGAGUUUGGUAUAGAUUCGAUUUGGAUGACACGGGAUCGGCCGGUGACUCCAUUGGAAUCCAGUCCGGCUGCACCUCCAGCUGUGCGACCGUGCGCUAUUAAAAGGCGAGGAGGGCACAGCCGUGUCUCGGGGGGAGUUAGAACACGAUGGACGAGGGCUGCUAGAGAAGAUUAACCCCUUUUUGAUCUAAUCUUGCGCAGAUUCCACUGCCUUGGUUUCUUGCAUAGGAGUAUAUAUGGCUUUUUUUUUGCGACUUAUAGGAGUAUAUAUGGCUUGAUACGAAGUGUUCGUUGGGUUACAUCUACUUCGUGUACACUUAUUGCAACUUCUGUUCAUUGUCCUUUCACCAAGUACUGUGAAAGCCUGCUGGGCUGCUAACGCGUGCAAGUUUAGAUUCUCGCUAUCUUGUGCUUCAUCAAGAAAUCCAUGAAGAACUUUUCAGCGACGGCCCGGCAACAGAGGGGAAGAGAAAAGUACUUCAAUAAAUUAGAUUCCCAAAUGAAGCUUCCACACAGGAGGCUUCAAUCUUUAGGCCUUGAUCACAAGGAGUUUCUUCCUGUCCGUGCACAUGCAACUAAGAUCAUCCUCAAAGCAGCAAAGUCUGUUGUAUUUCUUUCAUCAUAUAUUGAUAAUAAGUUGUUGAGACAGUGUUCUGGCUUCCUGAUCGAAUGGGAUGAGAAUAGUAAAGAUGCGGUGGUUUUGACAUCCACACAUCUUAUCUGUUGUGAGGAUUCCUUGAAUGAGUGGUCAGGCGAACAUAAGUAUGCACCUGACGCAGAGGUCUAUAUUCAGUUGGCGGAUGAUAGAAUCAAGGCCCAAUUAUUGUAUUACCAUAAGCACUAUGGUUUUGCUCUGAUUCGUGUAACUAUGGGUCGACCUGCCGAGCUGGCUCACUUUGGAAAUGAAGUUAACUUGGCGCAACUUCUCUAUGUUCUCGGGAGAGAUGAAAACUUCAAUAUACAACUAAGCAAUGGCAGAGUCCAGUAUGAAGGCCUAACCAUAUAUGAAUAUCACCAUCACAUACACAUCGAAGCUGUAGUCCGUGAGUGCACACUUGGAGGGCCAGUCAUAGAUGAAAAUGGCAAUGUUAUGGGAAUGGCAAGUCUUUCUGCAAACAUGGGUUUCAUACCCUCUUCAGUCUUGCUCAAGUGCUUGCAUCUCUGGAGGGUACAUGGAUGCAUCCCUCGGAUUCAGCUUGGAAUGAAGUUUUCACCCAUUAUCUUCCAAAACCUCAUUUAUAUUGAGAAGAUCUCUCGCGAGUGUAAUACUGAGAGAGGUCUUAUUGUCGAAGAGGUGGCAAGAGGAUCAGUUGUUGAGAAACUUGAUAUGAGAAAUGGUGAUAUUAUUUUAUCGGUGAAUGGAGAAUGUGUUUCCACUACAGUUGAGCUGGAGCUUAUGUUGCUACGCAUAUGUGAGGACAAUUUAGUCAGAGGAAAUGGGCUUGGUUCAAAUGUGGAUAUACCGGUUGAUGUAUUCUAUAGAAAUAGAGGAAGGAAAUGUAACCCCGAUAGGAUGCGGUUGACAACAAUUAUGUCUGAUGAUGUGGAAAUCAUCGAGGAAGGAGGCACCCCUUCAGAUACAGAGACAAAUGGUGAUGAAGUUAGUGAUAGCUGAACUUUGUUUUGGGAAGAGAUAUCGAUUGUACUUGUCUGCUUUCGGGAUGAGUAAGGUUGCACUUGAUUAAAAGGACAUUUGUUAGCUAAUCUUGUAAUCUCGUAAUCUGAGUGUUGUGUGGACAUUU